UGCAUGCAGAAGGACUGGGCGGGAAGAGGCUGGUGACGCAGCAUCGUGCGCGCGCUCCCCGGCACCAGAGAUGCUCGCACACGGAGCGCGCUCUGGAGUCAAUCAUCAACGGUAGCGCGCGUGAGAGAGCGUGAGAGAGCGAGAGAGAGGGGGGUGUCGCGAGCUUAGUCCCAGGUUGACUGUCCCCCGCCCGCCGCUGCCGUCGCCGGCCGCCCGGCCCCGCUCCUCCUCCUCUGCCCAGUGACAGAUCUCAUUCAUACAUCCCUCUCCGUCACCGCUGCCGGACAGCUCUGCUCCCUCCGCAGUCCCCCGUGGGGGUGGGGAAGGGGAAUGACGAGUCCGUCUGUCCGGGGCCGAGAGACGUUACCCGUCACCGCCUGGAUGGUCUGAGUCUGAGGCGGCGGCUUCCUCCGCAGUAACCGGCAGCGCUUCUUCUCCGACAGAACUAAAACUCGAAACAAUGGGAGCGUUUUUAGAUAAGCCAAAGAUGGAAAAGCAUAAUGCCCAAGGGCAUGGUAAUGGACUGCGUUACGGGCUUAGUAGCAUGCAAGGUUGGCGGGUUGAGAUGGAAGAUGCACAUACAGCUGUGAUCGGUCUGCCAAAUGGACUCGAUGGAUGGUCAUUCUUUGCUGUCUAUGAUGGUCAUGCUGGCUCCCAGGUUGCCAAAUACUGCUGUGAGCAUUUGUUGGAUCACAUCACAAGCAACCAGGAUUUCAAAGGGACUGAUGGACAGCUGUCUGUGGAGAGUGUAAAAAGUGGAAUCAGAACAGGUUUUCUUCAAAUUGACGAACAUAUGAGAGUCAUCUCUGAGAAGAAACAUGGUGCUGAUAGAAGUGGCUCAACAGCUGUGGGUGUUAUGAUCUCUCCACAUCACAUUUAUUUUAUCAACUGUGGAGACUCGAGAGGCUUACUAUGUAGAAGCAAGAAGGUCCACUUCUUUACCCAGGAUCACAAACCAAGUAAUCCCCUUGAAAAGGAGCGCAUACAAAAUGCUGGUGGUUCUGUAAUGAUUCAGCGUGUAAAUGGGUCACUUGCGGUUUCAAGGGCUCUUGGUGACUUUGACUACAAAUGUGUCCACGGAAAAGGCCCUACAGAGCAGCUUGUCUCCCCAGAGCCUGAAGUCUAUGAAAUUGAGCGGUCAGAAGAAGAUGACCAGUUUAUUAUUCUAGCGUGUGAUGGUAUCUGGGAUGUCAUGGGAAAUGAAGAGCUGUGUGAUUUUGUGAGAUCCAGACUUGAAGUGACUGAAGACCUUGAAAAAGUGUGCAAUGAAAUAGUUGACACCUGCCUGUACAAGGGAAGCCGAGACAACAUGAGCGUCAUAUUGAUCUGUUUUCCGAGUGCUCCAAAAGUAUCUCCAGAGGCAGUGAAGAGGGAAGCGGAAUUGGACAAGUACCUGGAAAGCAGAGUAGAAGAGAUCAUAAAGAAGCAGGGUGAAGAAGGUGUACCAGACUUAGUCCACGUGAUGCGUACAUUAGCCACUGAGACCAUCCCUAACCUCCCACCUGGGGGUGAAUUGGCAAGCAAGCGGAGUGUGAUUGAAGCAGUGUACAACAGACUGAAUCCAUAUAGAAAUGAUGACACUGAUUCUGCAUCAACUGACGACAUGUGGUAAAUGUAUCCAUUUAGCAAUGGAGUUUACAUCCAUCUUCAGUGAACAUACAGCCCAACCUCGGUGAUCCUUCUUAGCGUCCAUCCUCAACCUUUUUCAUUUAAAGAAGGGAAAUUGAUGUGGGUGAGCUUGGUGAAAAAUAAAAUUCCCACCAGUACAAAUGGCCCCGCGAGUAUCGUACUGUUUUCCUAAUACUCUUUACACACUUUUUUUUUUUUUUUUUUUUUAAUUUGUUUUUUUUGGGGGGGGGGUUUGGUAAAAUUUUAAUUUCUGUUUAAAGUACCUUCAAACAAUACAUGUUGUAAAUCAGACUCCAGCAAAUUCUGUUGUAUGAUUAUUAUUUUUCCUUUUUGUAAAGUGCAAUUUUCCUUGUACAAAUUUGUCAUAUUUAAUUAUGGACUGGAAAUUUCUCUAAAGGUUAUAGGAAGUCUAGCUUGUUAUGUGAUGCAACCAGUACUCUAACCCUAUUUGUUCAUGUGGUGGUUUUAGAUUGGACAAAAAGCAGCAACAUAACCAGCUCUGGGGUCGCUAUGAAAUUGUAAGGAUUGUAUCUUCAGUGUACAGUAUUUUUCAGGAUGAUUCUGUCAACUAUGAUUUUCGAAUUGACCGUUCUUGAUUAAAGAAUAUUCCUCCAUUUUGAUAUGAAUAUUUGACUGAAAGCGCAGUCUUUUAUGAACAAAUAUGUACUGAUGAUUUAGACGCUUGAAUCCUUUCACAAGUAAAUAAUUUGUGUGUGUUUCAUUUUUUUUUUUUUUUUUUUAAAUAACUACACUGGCUGGGUCUGUUGCUGCUACAGAGAGUUCUGAAUUCCAUUUUAUCAAUAAAGCUUGAUUUGACAAACAAA